UUAUGUAUAUUUAAAAAGAAAUUACUAUGAAAUUUGGACUUUAUUUUAUACGAAUUGUUCCAGAACAAAGAAUCUUGUCAUCAAAUUUCGGCAAAAUCUGACAGAAACUUUAUCGGAAGUUAUAGUGAUCUGGUUCAGGAACACAAUCGAAAACUUUUUGUGGCAGAAAUGGUUAUAGAAAAUAGAUCUUCUUCAGCUUGUAACAAUUAACCAAUCUGUACUCCUACUAGGUAUUUACAGCUUACAAGAGAAAUCGAUCUCUCUAAUCUCCCGGCCGACUAUGCUCCUUAUCCGGUUGAAUUUGACUGAAAUUAUCUAGAUUCGACUAAGACCACUAAACUUGUAUAACUUUGAAAACAGUAGUGCUAGUCCCACACAUUCGGAUCAGAUUGAUUUUUGGAAUAAUACCAAUUUAGAGUCAUCCGUAUAGAUUAUUAAAAAAUGUGGCUUGAUUUAGAAGGGCGAAAUCAUUUCUACGAAAUGGAAAUCAAGAUCAAUAAAAAAAGCUUUCACUAGAACCGAGAUUGUUCAAAACUGCUUACUAGGACCUGCGAAAUACAGUUUUACGGAUGCCUGCCCAUUACCACUUGCGACUACAUGGACUAAAAGCAGUAAGAGGUGUUCAAACAGUAAAUAUAGUCUACCUCUCAAACAACGGGAAUAUAAAGCGAUAGUAUAUUUAAUUUCUCAUGAACCUCUCUCUUCAGACUCUAUUUCUUGUCUUUUAAGCUGACGCACAAGAAGAAAAAUUAGUAAUAAUUACAACAGAAAUUAAUGCUAAACAAAAAUGUCUUGAAAUGCUUGCAAAUGCCCGUAAACGUAGUGAUCUAACACAUCGACAAUAUGAAGAGCGUAUAAAACUCCUUUCUGAACGUAUACAAAAUGCUGAAAAUGAAAAACAAGCAGCUGUUACAAAAUUAAAUACUACUGCACGUGAUCAACAUAAUACUGAAGAAUUAAAACUAGUAAGACGUGAUUAUAAAGAAAAAAUUCGUCGAUCAAAAGAAAUUGAAAAUAAUGAAUUAUCAACAUUACGUGCACAGUAUGCUGUUUGUUUAAAAGAUGGAGAAUAUUAUAAAAAUGAGUCAGGUAAACAUACCAAUGAAUUAAAAGAUUUACGUAAACUGAGUGUUCAAUUAACACGUGAAUUACAUCAAGAAUUUCUUCGACACAAACAAGCUAAAGCAAGAGAGAUUGCUACACUUAAAGAAGUACAUCUAUUAUGCCGUCAAAUGUGUUCAGCUCGAAUGUGUAAAACAACCAAAGAGAUGAGUGCACAUGCUGCUACUAUUCAACAAGACAUUACCAAUGCAAUUUGUCAUCGAAAACUUAUUGCUGAUAUCAAUCGUGAUAUGAGUACAGUAAUCGAUAGUCGUGAAGGUACAUGUCGUAAACAUAAACGAUAUUAUAAACGAUUAAGUAAUGCUAUUGUUACAAGUACAAUUAAUACUCAUCGCCCGGAAGAUGCAACAUCAUAUCUUAAUUCAGAAAUUUCAUCAUGUCAACAAGUAUUAAUGGAAUAUGAUGAUGAUCGAGAACAAGAAAGUAUAGAUGAACUUCGAUAUUUAUUAACAAAACAUAUUGAACAAGGUUUUGAAGCUGAUGAAAAAAAUGAAUUGAUAUCUUAUGUUGAUUUACUUGAAACAAUUCUUGCUGAAAAAGAAGAUAUUAAAUUAGCUGCAACACGUCUUUAA